AUGCAGUCGCAGCUCGCGCUACCAACACCUCAACAGGCGGCAGCAGGGCCUGUGACUGCGCUGACUGCGCCCCCUGAGCACCAGCAGCUGCAACACCAGCAAACGGUUCCGGCUGGGGCCGCCGCCUCCCCAAUGAAGGGUUUAAUGCGCAUCUUUGCACGGAAGCAGCCAUCAGACGCCAAUGUCACCUCCCCUCCGCAGCAGCAGCAACCCGGUGUCAUCUCACCCACUCUGCAGCCCGCUAACAGCGCCACCUCACCCCCCGCCGGCGCGGGUCAGGCCUCGCCAGAGCGCCAGAGCAUCCUGGGAAUAUUCGGCAGCCGAGGCAGUGCCACGUUGGAGCAGCAGCAGCUUCAGCAGCAGCAGGUCAACGAGGCCCAACAGGCCUUGGAGUCGUUGCAGUUGGUUCAGGGGGCCUCCGCACAGCCUCAGCGACCCGGUAUCUACCCCCCUGUCCCCGAAUCCUCGGUCGGACAGGCGCCGCCGCAACUGGGAGGGGGCAUGGUGGGGGGCCUACCAGGCGGAGUGCCUGUGAUUCCCCCGCCUGGGGGUCUAUGCUCCCGGCUCCCUCCACCCGCCGACGAGGUGGCCCGACUGCAGUCCAGUCCGCUGGGUCCCAGCAAGUUCGGCAGCCUCAACACGGUGCCAAGUAGCAGCAGCAGGGGGAGGUCCGCAUCGUCACCCGGGGCGGCAGCGAAGGCGCCCGCGGUGGACCCCCAGUUCAGCGGCCCUGCACCCCUGGAGGAUAAGUACGGUCCGUACCUUCGGUACGGCGGCUACGACCCCGUUACCCGGAUCUACUCGGCAUCCGUCAUGAUGGUCAUACACCAGUCGCGAAGUCGCUAUCCGCCCACACUCAAGUACCGCGACACGCGCCGGCAGGGCAGCAGCGAGGAGAUUCGCAACCCCCUGCUGCUGUGGUCGUACGCCGGCUACAACUUCUGGCGGUGGGACAUGGCCUUCCAGCUGGGGAACGACCCUACAGUGGUGGAGUACUUCGAGGUGUGCAGCGAGGACCACUGGUUCACCCCGCACCCGCGCAACUGCUUCCACCUGCCCUCAGCAAGUCAGAAGUGGCACUGGGGCUUCUACAGCUGCAACGGCUUUCACGACCACAACGACGAGCUCCUCAACGGCGGCAUCCAGCCCAUGUGGCGGGACGUCAUGCACGUGCACACCAGGGACCCGCUUCACGUCAUGUUUGGGGGAGGAGAUCAGCUCUACUGCGACGACGUGUGGAAGGUCGACAGCCUGGUGAAGUGGCUAAGCAUCCAGGACAAGCCCAGCCGCAACGCGCACCCGUUCAGUCAGGACAUGGUCAACGAGGUGUUUGACUUUUACUUCCGCAACUACACCACACACUUCGGCAAGGAGGUGUUCCGCGAUGCGCUGGCGAGCAUACCGCAGGUGAUGACCUGGGACGAUCAUGACAUAUUUGACGGCUGGGGCUCCUACCCCCCCGAGCUGCAAAAGUGCUCCGUGUUCGCGGGAGUUUACUUUGUGGCCCGCAAGUUCUACCUGCUGUUCCAGUGCCAUGCGGCCGAAAACAACUACCGCGAACUCAACAAGGGCUGGGGCCUGACCGGUCUGUCCUGGACGAUGAUGCUGGGCAACACCACCGCUGUGGUGGGGCUGGACAGCCGGGGUGAGCGAACACGCGAACAGAUCAUCCGACCAGCCUCCUGGGCUGCCUUCGCCGACCAGGUCGUCAAGCUGCCUGCCGGCGUGCGCCACGUGGUGGCGGUGGCCACCGUGCCGCUGGUGUACCCCACCGUGCCGGGGAUUGAGGAGGCCAUGAUGGCGCUGGCCGGCACGGGCCUAAUGGUGAGCGCGCUGACGGCCUUCCUUCAGAAGACGGGACUGUCUAGCCAGAUUUACAGCCACUUCGGUGAGCCUGAGCUGCUUGACGACCUGUUGGAUCACUGGUCAGCUCGGAGCCACGAGAUGGAGAAGUACUGCUUCGUGAGGAUGAUGCAGGACCUGGCCAAGGCUCGCGGCUUUCGUUUCAGCAUCCUCUCCGGCGAUGUGCACUGUGCGGGGGUGGCGGCCUUCCAGACCAUGCCCAAGAUCAACCUCAAGACCGACCACCGACACAUGGUCCAGAUCAUUAGCUCCGCCAUCGGCAACGUGCCACCCCCGGAUGCGGUCAUCAAGACGCUCACAGCCAGCAACAAAUCCAAGAUGCUUGACGCGAUGACCCGGGAGAAGAUGCGCGGCAUAUUUGAAAACAACAGCCUGCUCAAGGCGUCACGCAACUGGUGUGACAUCCACGAGCGGCCGCUGCUGCAAGGCGCCGCCGCCACCACUGCCGCAAUGGCUGGCGGGGUGUCGCGCGGUCCACCGGAUGGCUCGCUUUGGUUCCAGUUGCGCGUGGAGCAUCCUCUCUACAAAGAGAAAUUCCAGGAGGAGCUCGUGGCAGCGGGGGUGGGGCUGGACGCGGCGUUGCCGGUGGAGGCGGGUUCGGUGCCGUAUCCACCACAGGGCUCGGUGCCGCAGAACAGCAGCCAACAAGAGUUCGGGCUACAGAGUGACAUUGACCAGCAGCAACAGCAGCAGCAGCAACAGCAGUUGCGUGGGUUGCCGCUGGUGCAUCCACCGCAGCCGGCAGGGGGUCCGACGGCUGUUCCGGCACCAGGGAGUUACCCAGCGAUACCGCCAGUGGGCACAGCAAUGGUGACGUCUGGCGGUCUCCAUGCAAGCCCGCCGGUGUCGGGUCCUUCACCUUUGUUACCGUCCGGGCAGGUGACCCAGGAGGCACCUAACCCGCAGUCCUUGGCGGAGCCUCCACCGGCCACGUACAGUGGCGUUGCGACAGCAAUGCUGCCACAGGGCGCCACGCCCGGGCGCCCGGGCGCCACGCCCAACCCUAUGUAUGCUCCUAUGACAGGUCCAGCGUCCAUACCAUAUGCGUCUCAGCCACAGCCCCAGCAGCCGAGCAACCCUCCUCACAUGCAGCAACUGCAUCCACAGCAAGGGCAGAUGCCAUACCAGAUGCACUAUCAGCCGCAGCAGCUUGGUGCCGCUGCUGCGUUACCAUAUCCUGCGUACCAGUUGCAGGCAUCUGCACCCCCCUAUCCACAUUCUGGCAACCCGUCAUACACGGGCGGAGGCCCUUCAUACUGA